AUGGCUCACUCUGAAAACACUCUUGGUUGUGCUCUUGAUGAGAAUAACCAGCUGAAGGAUGCUAGUAAAAUAGUAUUCUUUAAUGACCCAGAUGACGAGAUUCCAAUUUCUGGGCCAGGUUCACAUAAUCAAGAGUCUGGUUUGCUAGCUCCUACCCAACGACCUGUACGCAAUGUCAAUCAAGCCAAGCUACAUCAUGCUAUUCGCUUCCAGCAUGAUGAAGACAGUGAUUUUGGUGAAGGGAACGAUUCAAAUGAAGAAACUAAUCAUCCACCUGUUCUGGGCUGUAAACGACCUGCAAAACCACGUACUACCCGUCCUGUAAAGAAGCAUAAGGUGCUUGUCAAGUCAUCUGGUAGCUCUACACUCACAGAGCGGAAGGGGAAGGGGAAUGCCGAUGUAGGAGAGAGUGUUGCUAGGCAGUUUUUGAAGGAUGUGAGCAGAAGCAAAGACAGUGAGAAUGGUUACUCACUACCCAGUCUGCUUGAGAGCUUCCAUUAUCUUUGUUUGGAAGACAUGGUCAACAGAUUCAACUGA